UGGAACUUGCAGGUCUCGAACAAGCAGGUAUGGCAGCAUUCGUGGUGUUACUCAUACUUUCUACUUCGAUUUUGAUGACAUUGGAAUGUAAGGGUAAGAAAACAGCACUCGCCUCCAACCCUGAUGUUGUGAGGACAUAUUCUACAAGUCUAGCUCAAUGUGAAAUAGCAGCCGCCCACCGCGCUGAGGCGGAUGACCAGUGGCUCAUGAUGUUCAGCAAGAUGGUCAAGGACGGAGUAGAUGUCGGACACACACUACUGCAGGUGUUCCAGUGGCCGCUAGAAGUAGGGUUGUCUCUUCACAAUGCAGUUUUAUCCCAGAUUGGUGCAAUGAUCUCCUGGUUCAACUUCCUCGUCGGCUUCGUCUCCCCAGGAGGUACCGGCACCGCCCUCCUAUCCUGGCUUAGGGGAGACCCUACCAAGAUGUCCUGAAGAUAUCCUGCCCAAACAUCGAGAAAGUUCUGUACAUUUCAAGAGCUUAAACACUAUUAACCAAAACACUGUUUGCAAUCUUUCAAGAACGAUUUGACCGACAGGUAACUUGGUCGUAAAGCCAUAUGACUGACGAGUCACUUGUCUAACCAUUUUACUGUCAUUUUAGCUUAUUUUCAAGUUUUUACUACCGUUAAAUGAACAUUUGUUUAGUGUUCUCUUUA